UCUCAGUUGGCUGCCGAGCUUUGCAGAGCUCCCGCCGCGGCGCCACGGUCCGGUACCCGGGCCACCCACCGGGCGGUGGGCCCUGCUUGGCCCCCAGCUCUGCAAAGCCCCGAAGGUACAUCCACCUAGGAGCCGGGCAGUUCGAGCACGAGGCCAGCAGCGACAGGGGCGGGCGGCGGGAUGGCGGCGGCGGGGAGCGUCCGGCGGCGAGUUUCCCAAGAAAGCUGAACUUAUCCCAAGUUUCAUGUGCAUCAGCUUGCACCCGGCGAGUCGGUGGCGAGCUCUUUCCGUGCGGGUGGUCUUUGGGCGCGGGAGAGACGAGGCGGUGAUUGGAUUAAUCCGCGUGGGCGCAGCCCGGACCGGAUUCUGUCCCGGAUCGUGCAGCGCGGAGCGCGCAGUGUUGCCCUAGAAAGGGCGGGUAAGUGACGCGCAGCAGCGGGGCGACCGCCGGCCUCGGAGUGCGCGUCUUUGCGAGGCGUGCCGAGGAGCCUGGAGUCCAAGUUCCAUGACUUCUUCCCUCUUUAGGCGAGACUAGCUGGGUGCUGUGCCUCGCGGGGCUCACCCCCAGGCUUCGCGAUGGACGGCGAGAGCGAAGUGAAUUUUUCCAGCAACAGUUUAACCUCUUCGUGGCGGAGGAGGUCGACCCCUCAGCCGCAGAUGCUGGGCCGGAGCAAGCCGAGACCCCAGUCUUACCAGAGCCCGAGCGGGUUGCUGAUCACGGAUUUCCCGGUGGAGGACCGGGGCCCGCUCCCCGUGGCGCAGACUCCCUCCCAGGUGCCCACCGCUUCGGACGGCAGGACGGUCCAGAGGAGCCCUCUGCUUCUGUGCACCCAUCGGAGGCCGGUGACCAACGGGAGGACGGUCUCCCCGGAGUACCGGGCUGUCUCUCCUCGGCUCCGACGCCUGAAGUCACCGCAGACCCCCAAAGGGGCGUUGGGGGGCUCCCCGAAACCCCCAGAGAAUGGUACAGUGAUUCCGCCCGCGCCGCAGCGGCUGCGCCCCCCACCCUCUCCUAACGCGUCCGCCCCCUGCAGCCCAGAGGGAGACCGGGUCGGACCGACUGCCAGCCCCCUGCCUGCGCCCGCUGCGAACGGGCUCACUUGUCACGUCGACUCCCCAGGCUGCCGUUUGCAAUCCGGGCAGACAGCUAAGGACCCUGAGCGGGGACCCUCGCCCCAGAAUAGGUCUUUGGAACAAAAACUCCCCCUCCAAAGGCUGCCUUCUCAGGAGAACGAGCUCCCGGAGACGCCUUCAGUGGUUUUGAGCACAAAUAGCCCGGCCGCCCUCAAAGUGGGGAAGCAGCAGAUAAUUCCCAAGAGCCUGGCCUCAGAAAUUAAGAUAAGUAAAAGCAGCAGUCAGAAUGUGGAGCCCCACAAGAGACUCCUCAAGGUGCGCAGCAUGGUGGAGGGCCUGGGGGCGUCGCUGGGCCCCUCGGAGGACGAAGGCGAGGUCGAGAACGACCUGGACAGCCCGGGGUCUCUGCGGAGGGGGUUGCGGUCCACGUCCUAUCGCAGGGCGGUGGUCAGUGGCGUGGAUUUUGACAGUCCUACCACCUCGAAGAAGAAGAACAGAAUGUCUCAGCCGAUUCUGAAAGUGGUGAUGGAAGACAAGGAGAAGUUUUCCAGCCUUGGAAGGAUAAAGAAAAAAGUGCUGAAAGGACAAGGACCAUUUGAUGGGGAAGAAAAUGCUGUCCUGUACCAGAACUACAAAGAAAAGGCCCUUGACAUUGACUCUGAUGAAGAGUCUGAGCCCAGAGAACAGAGGUCGGAGGAAAAGAUUGUGAUCCAGCACAAGCCACUGCGGUCCACGUGGAGCCAGCUCUCUGCGGUGAAAAGAAAUGGAUUGUCUCAGACAGUUAGCCAGGAGGAAAGAAAGAGACAAGAGGCUAUCUUUGAAGUUAUAUCCUCUGAACAUUCAUAUUUACUCAGCUUGGAGAUCUUGAUACGAAUGUUUAAAAAUUCUAAAGAACUGAGUGAUACAAUGACCAAAACAGAGAGUCACCAUCUUUUCUCCAAUAUUACAGAUGUCUGUGAGGCAAGCAAAAAAUUCUUUACAGAGUUGGAAGCAAGACAUCAGAAUAAUAUCUUCAUAGAUGACAUAAGUGACAUUGUGGAAAAACACACGGCAUCCACGUUUGACCCGUAUGUGAAAUACUGUACAAACGAAGUCUACCAGCAGCGGACACUGCAGAAAUUGUUAGCCACCAAUCCAUCUUUUAAGGAAGUAUUGUCAAGAAUUGAGUCCCAUGAAGACUGUAGGAACUUACCCAUGAUCUCUUUCCUCAUUCUCCCCAUGCAGAGGGUGACUCGCCUUCCCCUGCUGAUGGACACUAUCUGUCAAAAAACACCGAAGGACUCUCCGAAGUAUGAAGUCUGUAAAAGGGCCUUGAAGGAAGUAAGCAAGUUGGUUCGACUGUGCAACGAAGGAGCCCGGAAGAUGGAAAGGACAGAAAUGAUGUACACAAUUAACUCCCAGCUGGAAUUUAAAAUUAAGCCUUUCCCUCUGGUCUCCUCUUCCCGGUGGCUGGUGAAGAGAGGCGAGCUGACAGCCUAUGUGGAGGACACAGUGCUUUUCUCAAAAAGGAUGUCCAAACAGCAAGUCUACUUCUUUCUUUUUAACGACGUGCUCAUCAUCACCAAGAAGAAGAGUGAAGAAAGUUACAACGUCAACGAUUAUUCCUUAAGAGAUCAGCUAUUGGUGGAAUCUUGUGACAAUGAAGAGCUUACUUCGUCGCCAGGGAAGAACAGUUCCACAAUGCUUUAUUCAAGACAGAACUCUGCCAGUCACCUCUUCACUCUGACCGUCCUUAGUAACCACGCGAAUGAGAAAGUGGAAAUGCUGCUAGGGGCUGAGACACAGAGCGAGCGAGCCCGCUGGAUAACCGCCCUGGGACACAGCAGCGGGAAGCAGCCUCCUGACCGAACCUCACUGACCCAGGUAGAAAUCAUUAGAUCGUUUACCGCCAAGCAGCCAGACGAACUCUCCCUGCAGGUGGCCGACGUGGUCCUCAUUUAUCAACGCGUCGGCGACGGCUGGUACGAAGGGGAGAGACUGCGAGAUGGAGAAAGGGGCUGGUUUCCGAUGGAAUGUGCCAAGGAGAUAACAUGUCAAGCCACCAUCGAUAAGAAUGUGGAGAGAAUGGGACGUUUGCUAGGACUGGAGACCAACGUGUAGCCUCUCUGGUGGCCUUUUGCGACGGCAAGAUUUGCACUGCAUCGCGGUGGGUGGGAUGGUCCUGGGCUGGUGUUCUUCUGAGUUUUUACUGAAGAGUUUUCCGGCUGAUUGGAUUAAAAGGAGGAAAACAUUUGCCUUUAAGCUUGCCAGGUGGUUUUGCUCUCUCGGGAGAAUGGCUAGUUCGCAAAGCCGGGUGUGCACACAACGAUCCUCUUGCAAACCUCUCGGCCAGGGGCCCUCAACUACGGCCCGCGGGCCACACGCAAAUACAGACAUUGUAUGUGUUCCCGUUUUGUUUUUUACUUCAAAAUAAGAUACGUGCAGUGUGCAUAGGAAUUUGUUCAUAGUUUUUUUUUUUAACUAUAGUCCGGCCCUCCAACGGUCUGAGGGCCCGUGAACUGGCCCCCUGUUUAAAAAGUUUGAGGACCCCUGCUAGGUAAACAGAGUAGCUGGGCAGGCAGUCCACAUGCGGGAUGCAGGGGCCUGGACUCCUCCCAGUUGCACUGCGUCUGGCAAUAAGACAUGUACAUACGAUGCUGUAUCCUGAUUCUCUAGCCUCACUUAACCAAGAAUGGGCUCUCGCUGUGUAAGCAUCUCCUUAUGUGGUUUUCCCAGCAUUAGCAGGAGUCUCUAUCUUGAAGGAAUGCUCAGUUUUGUAUAUACUUUUCCUGCUCUGACAUUUUAGGUCUGAUUAGAGUGCUGUGUGGAUUUCAAAAGAAACUGACAGAGUUCUGAAGGUGAGCAAAGUUUUUUUAAACCCUUUCCAGGGAAAGGGAAAUUGACACUUGAAUUGCUGCCACCUCUCUCCUGGUCAGCAGGGAAGGAAGGAGGCCUUACUUAUUUUUAAAAAAAUAUAUCCAUCGUACCCAAUAUUGGCCUAAGACAAGUAUAGCCUAAUAACACUACGCUACUUUAACAGCAUAAAAUUUAGAUGGUUCGCAUAUGUGAGAAAAGCUUAAAUAUAGGACAGUAAUCCCAACUGAGCUGAUACACGGACAUGAGGCGGCUUCGCCUUCAGUAAUGCAAGGUUUCUGACUGUUUCUCCUCCCACUCAUUUCCUAAUAGGAAAUGGGCUGACACACUUUAACACUCCCAAGGAAGAUCAGAUUUGGCCUUAAAAGGGACCGAGAAACCAGCAUGGUACUGAAUUGAAACAUAACAGUUUGCCUUUCAUGGGGGAACCCAUUUUCUCUGCACAAAGGCCUCCCUGGCUGGGUUUGGAGCCUCUCUUUACUGCAGGUGUCUGCAGAACUGCUUCCACUCGUGCAAGGAGAGGGAGGAGUCAUUUUAAAAGUGUGUUUCAGACACAGGGCGUAAGGUUUGGAAGAUUGAGAGUGGAGAGCCGAUCUGUACCACCAGCGAUGUUCGCUCUCUGCUCCAUUCUCUUCCACCAACGGGGAAAACCUGGCAAAGGAUGCAUUGUUCAAGGCCUCAGAUCUCUGUGUGACAUGCCCAGCUGCUGCCUGCCAACCAGUUACCCAAAUUGGCAGUAAAGUUGAAAAUAGUGCAGGAGGUAAGUACACUUGGCUCUCGUGCCCUGAGUCCUCCCACCUCAGCAGUGAGCCAGGGAGGAGCACCCUGGACCUUCUUGCCCUGAUGGCUCCCCUUUCCCUGUGCAUACAUUUCUGGGAAUAAAACACAUGCCAGGCCCUGAGUUCCUUGAGGUCAGGAAGUCACAGCAGGAGGCCACAGCAAGAGAUGUUGGGGACUGAGAAAAAAAGAAAUCUGUCUCCUUCCUCGUUAACGUCAGAGACUUUUUGAAGGAGAGGGGAACAAGUUGUAAUCUAAUCUAACCUGAUGUUUUCAUGUAGGAAGGAAGGUCAAUUUGUUGCUUGCACAGGGAUCAAUUUUGUGUUAUUUUUGCUAAUACCCAGACGCUAAAAAGCAACUAAACGAGUCCUGUGAAUUAAUUUAUAAGUAGAGAUGUCAAACAGCUUUGGAAAUAUGUGCAUCUUAUAAGUCAAAGCCGUAUUGAGCAGGCAGGUUAAUACUGCUGUUAGGUAUAGUGUUUUACAGGAGGUAUUUAACACAUUCACAGCGUGUGUCGUUUUUAUGCGACACAGUGCUGUUUGCCAACCUAGUUCAGGUUCUAGAAUAGCUUCUCUGAAUUGCACAAUUUCAUUCAGCGACCUGUGGAGAACAAAAAUACUCAUUUUUGUCCCAAUGAAUUGAGACUGCUUGUACACUUUCGACGAAACAUGUGAAUUGAUAAAGAUUUUGUAUAUACGUGUUCA